CUCAUGGCUGGCAGGAGGGGACACCCAGGGACGUUUCCUGCUCCCUGGGAAUCCUUCCAUGAUCCCUGUGUUGGAGGCAGACUGAGGGACUCUUGGGCUGCACAGAACCGAGUUCUUGAGUUUCCCUCUUGUUCCUCCAGAGGGGCUGUGGAAAACCAGGUUUCCAUGGAAAACCAGGGGGGUUCUGGCCUGUGCAAAACUGCUCAAAGUUUUUUGUUCAGAGUCUUCCUGGAGCCUUUGGGAAAACCAGAGGGGAAAAUGCUGGAUGAAAGGGAGGCUGGAGACUCGUGUGGAGUCUCCAGGUGUUCCCAGGGAUCCCUGUCCUUGCUUUGCUGCUGAGAGCACAGGAGUCAGGUGGGAAUCAGGGAUGUGAAGUGCACUGUGUUGUUCCCAGGGCUGGUUGCUGUGGGAGAGAAGGCCCAGAAGAGAUCCGGCCAUUACGUGGUGAUGAAGGAUCUUUCAGGGAAGCACCCGGUGUCUGCGCUGAUGGAGAUCUGCAACAAGAGGAGGUGGACACCGCCCGAGUUCGUGUUGGUGGACGACAGUGGGCCUGAUCACCGCAAGCAUUUCAUCUUCAAGGUGAGAGUGAACGGCAACGAGUACCGGCCCACCUUUGCCAGCCUUAACAAGAAGCACGCGAAGGCCACGGCGGCCACGGCGGCGCUGCAGGCGAUGGGGCUCGUACCAAAGGAGAGCAUGGUCAACACCACCAUGUUCAGGAGUGCCUCCCACCGCUGAGCCCGGCCCGGCCCGCGCUGCUCCGCUCUCCGCGACCGCCCCUCGGGUUGUAAAUACGUCGGCAGUUCCCACCUUGUAAAAACUGUACAGACGCCCACAGGUUUUUUUCUUUUGUACCAUCCAAAUGUAUUUAAAUCAUACUUAGUUUUUGGUAUGUUUAUAUUGUUUACAUUAGUGAUGUAAUUAUUUCUUAAACGACUAAAUCGGAGGACAGGCUCUGGAGGCAUCGGUAACCGAACCCUUGGCUAAAGCUCCCGCAGCUCCUCUCUCUGUGGAAUGCUGACGCUUGGAGGUCCCUGGGGAGCACAGGGUUGACCCCCUGGCCCUGCCCCGGGGGGCCCUCAGUGGCCACCUGCGCUCCAGGACGGCCGUGCGAGCGACGAGAGGCUGCCGGGGGGACACGGAGGUGACUCCGGCAUGUCCCAGGACAGAGGGGCUGUUCCCAACCAGUGAACUCACUGCCUGAUGCUGAUUGUACGGAUUUGUGGUUCAUGUGAAUUUUAAACUUUACCAGAUCUACAACUGGACUGGGGGGGAGGGGUAGGAUGACGCUUCAAUUGUUGUACCCGACUUGGUCAAUAAAGCAGCACAAGUUCAUAAUCUGCACCCCUGGUCAGCAGACGGUAAUUCCAGUGGAUGCCAAGCCAGGAAACGGGAAUUGGAAUAUGCCAGAACGCCUCCUGGAAGAAACGCACAGUGUGGAAGUGGCUUUGGGAGGAUUCUCAACAGCCAUGGGGCGGCAGGAGCAGGUCUGGUUGUUUUUGUUGCUUUGACCUGUUACAAAAUAACUCCUUGAACUUAACAUUUCCUUGAGGAUCCUGUGCCCCCAAGGAGAGCCCUGGGCAGUUGGACGGGAGAGGAUGUAGAGGAUGUAGAAAGCUUUUCCUCCUCAUUACUCUGUCUUUUAUUUGAGAAGUAUCAGUCCUUUGCCUGCGUGCCCGUGAAAGUGGGCAGGGCCCUGCACCCUUCCUGCCAGCUCUGAGUGGGGAGCAGAGUGCCAGGACUGCUGGACUGGGAUAGUUCAGGUGUUCAUUCCAGAGAAGUUUUUUUGAGCUGUUGUAUCCGAGCUGGGCCUGGGGCAGGAAUUGCUGGUGCCCGGAGUCAUGUGUAUCCCAUCAGUGUCACAGAACAAGGUCUGUCCUUGCCCUGAGGGGACAGGGGUUGGUGUCUCUUGUGCAGCAGCAAUGGGGUUGGUUUGCAGACUAAAGAGCCCCUCUGAGUCUGUCCAAGCGCUCUGGAAAUGCUUCAGUUGAUCUUCAUUUUCAUGGACGUUGUUGUCUUGAAUUAAACUUUUUUCCCUUUGGCU